CGGCUGCACCCGGCACAUUUUCUCAUAACAUUUCGUUCUCCAUUCUCAUCGGUCGUUUUCGUUUAUCGUCCAUCUGCAGAUAAAAUUCUUUCUAAAUCCGGUUGAUCCGGUUUUCGCGGCGUUGCAAAACUAGUCUAGUGUGUGUUGGCAAAGAAAACUAGUGCGUUUCGGCAUUUUUCCAAUCUACAGUAACAGCACUCAGUAUUUGGCAUUCAUAUAACCUUUAGAAAGAGAAAAUGCUACGAGUUUUGCUUAAGGGAUUGCCGAAACCGGGCGUUGGCUCUCAAAUUGCCCGUUACUCGUCCAUUCCGGCUCCGAAGACUUCUCCGGAGAUCCUGUACACCGGGAUCUUUAUCAACAACGAAUGGCACAAAAGCAUCGGGGGCAAAGUGUUCCCCACGUUGAAUCCGGCCAACGAGCAGGUUAUCGCUGAGAUCCAGCAGGGCGAGAAAGCCGACAUCGAUGUGGCGGUCGGCGCUGCGCGGGAGGCGUUCAAACUUGGAUCCCCAUGGCGCAAAAUGGAUGCCUCUAAGCGUGGACAGCUGCUGUACAGACUUGCUGAUCUUAUGGAAAGGGAUCGUGUCUAUCUGGCGAGUCUGGAAACCCUUGAUAAUGGCAAACCGUACUUCAUGUCGUACAAUGUUGAUGUUCCGAUGGCCAUCAACAACCUGCGCUAUUAUGCCGGUUGGGCGGACAAAAACCACGGAAAAGUGAUCCCCAUGGAUGGGGAAUUUUUCGUGUACACCCGUCACGAACCCGUGGGAGUCUGUGGACAAAUCAUCCCGUGGAACUUCCCGAUUUUGAUGGCAGCCUGGAAAUUUGGACCAGCCCUGGCAACUGGAAACACAAUCGUCCUAAAACCCGCCGAACAGACCAGCUUAACGGCGCUGUACAUGGCUCAGUUGGUCAAAGAGGCCGGAUUCCCUCCAGGUGUUGUUAACGUUGUUCCAGGAUUUGGCGACGCUGGAGCUGCUCUGGUACAGCACGACGACGUAGAUAAGGUCGCUUUCACCGGUUCCACUGAAGUUGGCAAGAAGAUCCAGCAAGGUGCUGGUUUAAGUAAUCUGAAGAGAACCACCUUGGAACUGGGCGGAAAGAGUCCAAACAUCAUCCUUUCGGACGCAGACAUGAAGCAUGCCGUUGAAACGUCGCACUUUGGUUUGUUCUUCAACAUGGGUCAGUGCUGUUGUGCCGGUUCGCGUACUUUCAUCGAGGACAAAAUCUACGACGAAUUCGUCGAGCGCAGUGCCGAGCGAGCGAAGAAGCGAACCGUUGGCAAUCCGUUUGAUUUGACUACCGAACAUGGCCCGCAGGUUGACAAGGCUCAAUAUGACAAAAUUUUGGGCUUGAUCGAUACCGGCAAGAAGCAAGGAGCUAAGUUGGUUGCUGGUGGCAAAAAGUACGAGGGAUUGCCUGGCUACUUCAUUGAACCGACCGUAUUCGCUGAUGUGAAGGAUGAUAUGACCAUCGCCAGGGAGGAGAUCUUUGGUCCGGUUCAGCAGCUGAUCCGUUUUAAAUCCCUGGAUGAGGUAAUCGAACGGGCAAACAAGUCCGAGUAUGGAUUGGCAGCGGCAGUAUUCUCCAAGGACAUUGAUAAGGUGAACUAUUUGGUACAGGGUCUUCGGGCUGGAACCGUCUGGGUCAAUACAUACAACGUGUUGUCCGCCCAGGCACCUUUCGGUGGUUACAAAAUGUCCGGCCACGGACGCGAAAAUGGCGAGUAUGGCCUCCAAGCCUAUACUGAAGUCAAAAGUGUAAUUACCCGUAUUCCGGUCAAGAAUUCGUAAAGUUUUCCAUGACUAUUGUUCUAUGUAUUUUAUCUGGUCUCGUAUAUUAUCCCAGUGGUUUGGUGGUUAUAAACUAUUUAGUGAUAAAAUAAAUGCACAAAUGUUUCUGAAACAAUA